AUGGAUCUUCGCACAAAUUCAGAAUCCUAUACCAACAACGACUACUUUGAUUGUGGAGUUAUUCGUACAAUGGAAGAUAUGGCUUAUUUCAUCAACCUUAACACUAAUAAGCUAUAUCCUUUAUGUGAUGAAAAAGUGGCUCAAUUUGCUGUCAUGGAUAAUGGGAAAGUCACUCUGCUGACUAGAAAUUCGGGAAAGUUGAUAACUGUUCAAGUUGAGCAGUCGAAUUCACGUCCUGCAGAUUAUGAAGAAGAUGAAGAUGCUGCUGUAGCUGCGUUAUUCAGGAAGAUAAGCGAUCCACGACAAUUAGAUGUACAACAAAGUACUGACCGAGAAACAGCUCGAAAUUGUGUAAUGGCAUCGGAGUAUCUGUCGAUCGCGGGUCUACGACGAAUAUGGAAAUUAACGAGAAGUGAUAUUGGCGGACCAAUAAGAGGUGCCACUUAUCGACUUCCGUAUCAUAUUGGUCGACAGCCGGGAUAUCAUCUCGUAGCUCCACCUGGAUGGAGUGAAGUACCGGCAAAUCAGCGCAUCAGAAAAUAUUUCAUCGAAAACAUGCCAGUAGAAGGGGUGAGCCGAACCUGGUUUUAUCAGUCAGAUUGUCGCUAUUCGAGUGGCUUACAUAUUUUCGAAUUACUCCAUUUUCAGCAUGGAUUACGCGUUUCGCACGUUGAUAUCUUUCUGAACUUCCACGAAACAUGUCUAGCUUGCCCAGAUAUCGAAUUAAGAUUGUACCGUCGGAAAAAUAAUGGUGAUGAUGUAUCUUCACUCUUGAAAAUACAUUCACAAACACCCCUUUCUGAAAGUGUUGGUCUGGAAGAAGUCGAAGCACAGUGUGAUUUGUUGGCCGGACCGUAUCACUGUGCUGAAUAUGCUGAUUUGAAUAGUCAUUCGGCAAAAAUACAACUACCAGGGAUUGUUUUCACACCUCAGCUGGUCAAAAAAGGAGGAAUACGCAUGAAUUUUCUAGGUGGCAAUAUAAUCGGUUUCAAAUCGGUUUCUUACUAUCUUGUGUUGAGAGCUCUCUCUGAUUUCUCUCUUGAUCAGGUAAUUACAGCUGUGAAGACAAACGAACGAGAGAAACUUAAAGCAGCAAGUGCCUCAGGUAAAACGAAAUCAUCUUCGAAACGUCGUAUCGAUGACAGAGAAUUUACAGAACAUUCACAAUCUUCCACAACUGCAAUUGGAGACUGCUCUGUGCACGGUUUAACUUGUCGGCGUGGAAUACAGUGGAUAGACGAGCUGGUAAUAACAGUGGUGAAGGCGAAAAGAGCUAUUGAGCCUAAUGAAAGAAUUGAAAGACGUGCACUUAUUGAAACAACGGAUUUGCACAAUAAUAUAAUCAUGCUAGCUGCCGGUAUCGCGCCCAAACUAUCGCCAGCUCAAAAAGCUCAUACAGAAGGUGAAAAGUUGCAGCAACAGAUUCUUGCAAUUGACAUUAUUGAGUGGCUCAUCGAUAACUGGGUCAGUACUUCGUCGCAGACUCAUCUAUCUGCUUUUGCUGAAAUGAUCAUCGAAAAUGUUGACGCCAUUUUCGUUAACUGUUUCAUAAUUUCGUCACGGUCAAUUUCCCACAAAUGGAGCGCUACAUUGAUGUAUUUUUUACGUGUCCUUCGGAAGUCGGAUGAGUGUGCCUCUUCGAAAUUGUUACAAAUUUUUUUGUCAUGUACAGUUCGGAUCGUGACGAACUUACAUGCAGUUAGAAAUGCUGGAUCCCUUCACUGGCUCUUGGUGUUUAUUUUCACUCUGUUGAAGAUGGCUGUGAUGAAAACAAGCGAUGUGUCUUGUGGUGUGCUCUUGAACACUUUGUUGAAUGCAUUUACAAAUACUCUUACAUUUGUUGGUAUCGCAUGGAAACAAUGUUGGAAUGGUUCGGUGCAUGAUAAAUUGGCUACUGAAUAUAAUCUUAGUGGAUUACCUACAGAACUGGUUAUGUAUGAAUGGCCCCGGUCGGUUCUUUCGCUUUGGCAGCGAACAGCUUCUGCCACUACUAAACCGAACGAUCCGAGUGAGCUAGCUCAUACAACUGCAUUUCCACCAGCAACACCAACACUGAUUGCUUACAAAUGGGCAUCCACUGCUGCUGGUUAUGGAAAAGAAUUUAAUGAAAUAAAACAAUCACAAAAUACAGGAGUGAGUCGCUACGAAAAGAUUUCCACGGCCGAUUCUAGGAUUCUCAAUAAGGACUGCAUUGAUACAAACACGAACAUAAGUGGAUUAACUGCAGAGGAUGAAAUAGACUGGCUGGCACUGUUUAAUAUAUCAACAGAUUGUGCGAAAGAAACUUUUGAAAAUAUUACAGAAGCAAAUUCUCAACGUGAAUGCAAAUAUCAAACAGUAAUGACAUCCACGCAGUUGAGCGGUUUGCUCGAAACGGAACCACUCACGUUCACCAUAAUAUAUGCUUCGGAUCACGUUAAAGUGGAAAACGCGGAAACUGGUUUUAUAACAGAAGUUGAUUGCACAUCUGCACCUAUUGGUCAUACUGAGAAUGAAGGUUCUGUGCCAUUGAAAAUCAUGGAUAUUACUCAAGCAGUUUUGAACAAUAAGUCAGAACAAAGUACUGAAAAUGAUUCCGGAGUCUCGAAACCAGUAUUUCAAGAUUUAAGCGCAGAUUUGAAUGCACGUAUGACGUUGAUUGCAAUGGAACAAGCACAAAGAAAAGAGGAUAAUGCAGUUGGAAAUGCUGAGCAGAAUUCGCAAACAAUAGCGCAAGAUUUCGCCACCCAGGGAUCAUCAGCAAGCACAUUUGGUAUUCCAACUACACCAAAAACAACACCAUUCAUGACACCAACUCCACUCUCUCCAUCGCAUCUCUCGCCUAUAAACUCGCAACCAAAUCUGGCGUAUAUGAUGGAAAACGAAUCUGGGGAUGCUAAUGAGGAAUCUCAGAAAAACUGUAACCAAAGAGCUGAAAUAGAUCCUCAGAUUCCAUCACUAGUACCAGUGAUUUCAUCUGAUAUCUUUAAGUUGCCAUCGCAAAAAUUCUUGCUAAUGGAAAGAAUUUCUUUUGGGUCCAGAAAAUUUGUUAUAUUGGAUUUUGGAAUGCCUAUUUUUCUAACAGAUUUAUUCAUCCCAUCAGUAGCAGAAAUAGCAGCAAUAUCUGUAGACGUAUGGCUCUUGGGUGAAAAUGUUGAUGGACAGCGAUUACUGAUGACAACAGAUAUAUGUCGCAAAAGUAUUGCUGUACAAGAUCUGCAACCUUUUAUGCGAAUAAGAUUUGUAAAAAUAACUUAUGUUGGACGACAGCUUUAUAGCGCAGCAUGUAAAAUUCCAGUAGGUCUCUUUUUUGGGCAUCGUUUCUUCUCAUCAUGGCAAGUUUCUUCAUAUCCAUUUAUGCAAAAAGAGUAUGCUGCUCGUUAUGUACCAACCAGUCAACAAAAAAAGAUGACGGUUACCUUAAAUCAUUUGCGUCAACUUUGUGAAGAUUUGCGAUGCAGGCAUCAGCUCAUGAGUGCAGAAUUGUCUCGUUUAGUGGAUGAAUGUGCUUCUGAAGAAGAAGUAAAACAUGUAUACCGCGAAUGUGUCCAACUGAGUCUGCAGUGGAAUAUUGUAGUGGGUGUAGUACAUCGCCUGGAAUUAGACCACUUACCUUCAUAUGAUUCUGAUCAAAAUUUGGAAGAAGCUUUACACGGAAGCUGGAAUGACUGCUGUCCAGAUCAGUUGCGAACUAUUGCGGUCGAACUCUUUUCUUUGGUCACUCGAGCAAUUCACUUGAUUGAUGUUCGGACUGUUGCUUUAGAAACGUUUGCCAACGAUAAUAAAGCCGCAACUCAGAAUUGCUAUCCAAGUGAAGCAAAAUAUGCUCGAACAAAAUGUAAAGAAACGCUGGAAAUAAAUUUGCCGUUUCCACCAACCGAGGAGAUUGUUUUCCAGCCGAAGUUCAAUCUUGAUGAUGCCGUUACUCUCUUUAUUUUGUUUUGCGUUCCAGCCGUCCCGAGACUACAGGUGGGAUGUAUCACUUGGCUUUUUCAUCAUGGAUCCGAAAAUGAAUGGUGGCCGUUAUUUUUUCCUCGUGUUCUGAAGGAAAUUUUUUCCACGAAGCUCAGAAAGCAUGAUCGCAAGAUCUUUUUGCAACUAUCAUUUUUGUGCAACCAUUCAGUGAAAUCUAGCUCAAAACAGUCUGCUAUCAUUCUCGAACUUUUCAAUCUUAUCAAAGAAAUAGCAGCCAGUGUUUUGGAUAAUUAUGCAGUUGAUCGCCAGUGUCAGAAUAACUUGGACGUUACCUUGUUUUGUUGGUCUCUGAUGCUUCUUUCGAGCGCGUUUGAUGUUAUCACUUACAACAAAAAGAAGAACGACCGUUGGGCAUUCAUUGGAGGUGAGUAUUCGCGGGUAAUGACAUCGAAUGAAAAGGAUGAUUCUGUGCCUAGAUGGCAAAAGAAAAAGUUGCCGAAGUUUGGGAAUAAUGACGAAAAAACCACAGAAUCUUUAAAGAAUAUAAGCCCUGCUACUUUGAAAACUCAACUCGAGACAUUGUGGGAGAAGCACUUAAAGGUGAUGGAAGCAAUGAAAGCAAAUAUGAAGAUGACUAAGGCUUUAAAUGCCAAAAUGCAAAAGAAAGUUGAAAUGGAGAAGAAAAUUCAUGGCUUAUCCCCACCUAAUAAAAUGGGCCAUUCGGUUUUCGCUGAAACGGACUUCCCAACAGAAUUGACAGAAGAGCUGCAUGCGACAUUGUUACCAUUUCUGGGUGAGCAACAAAUGGAAGAAAUUUUGGCUAAGCAGUAUACCCAUCAUCAAAAUUCAGAUUUGAAGACAUCAAUUGAUUCUUCUGAAUCAGCUUUGAAAAAGGCAAUAUCCAUGGCCAGCAAGAGUAAUUCCCGACCUCGGUGCAGACAGUACAAUAUUCGUCUGAAACUUCCUCACGAACCUUGUGUUAAUGUUGCUCGAAAACUGAUCACUUUGCUUUGUAACUUUGAGAAGCAACUUCCUAUAUUAGCCAAACUGAUAAUAUGUAAAGUUGUUGCUCGUAUAUGUAUUAGCGCAUCUUACCACGUUAUUCCUUUGAUUUGCGUUUUGGAAGGUCCAGUUGACAAGCUGAUAAAAAUUGGAUUGGAGGAGCAGGGGACGGGUUUGCUCAAAUAUGCAGUCUUGCACUUAAUUUUAGAUGUUAUUGAAGCAGAGUCACGUGGUGUUUCUAAGCUAAAUGUAUUUUCGAAAAAUCAAAUUCUUGUGAAAAAUAAGGAUUCAAAGACAUCUGAAAUAUCAGAAGAGCUUGAUUUGAUUUGCAUGCAUCAUACGGGGUGCCAUUUUGCUGAAAUCAUUCGUGCAAAAUCCAAAAAGGAAAUAAUGGACGACGUGGAAGAACGAAAAUCAACUGGCAUUACGGCGGCUGUCUGUUGCCUUCCAGAGGCUUUUUGCGGAGCAAAAACUUCUCAGUCCUUCAGCAUUGCAAACUAUGAUGAACAACCUGAAUUAGGAUCUGAACUGCUGGAAACACUGAUAUGUCAAGUUCUGAUGAAUACUAGGCAAGCGGUGGUACCAGACGGUCCUAAUGAUGAAAUUCGAAAUCAUACUUAUCAGAGCAAGGCCAAGGAAAUGAUCAAGGGAAAACUUGCAAAAGGUGAACGAUUUUGUUAUGUGUUUCGCUGGAUUGAUGAUCUUUUGGAAGUCGAUGAGCAAGCUGCUCGUUCCUGCAAUGGUGAUGUAGAAUCAUAUCUGGAAAUGAUGGAAACCCAAACAUCAUUAAAUGCAGCAUAUGAAGGACGUUCGACUAUAUCAAAAUCAGCGUUUAUUGCUUGUUGCAUAUCAGAAUACAUGCGCUAUCUCAAUGAUAAAAAAAGCGAUGAAUCAAUUCACGGUCUUGCAUCUUCCUCACGGAUAGCUGUACCAAGAUCCAGUUCACCUUCGGCUUUUGAAUUUCCGAUGCUAUGCAUGGCCGAUGUAGAAAUGGAAGAAAGUGAAGAUAAAACGGCACAGAACGAUGGGCAUAUGGAAGCGAUGAAAAACACAGUUGCUUUUGCAAGCAAUGCUUUCCAAAAUAUUACAAAAGUGACGACUUGUACUUUUGAACUUGAACGUUUAGAAGCACGGAAUUUGUUCAACUUAGCAAUUCAGCGUGAAGAAGCUUCCAUGAAAAUGGAACCGUAUUCUUCAGUUCAGGAACCGUGCUCUUCGGACAGUAAAAUGAAGAAAGGUAUGGAAAAGUGGAUACCGGUGAAAUUGAUGCCGAAAAUACCCGUGAACAAAGAGAUUUAUGUGGAACAUAUAAUGGCUAGCUUUCUAAGUGAAUCACGAUUGGCAAGAAAUGACAUCCUAAUACAACCUUGUUCCUUUGUAUAUCCUGAUCAUUUGACGCAACAAUUAGGCUUGAACCAAUAUGUUCAUUGCAUGAAUAUGGAUUUCCUUGCUGAUGCUAUUACAAGAUAUUCAAUUCGAGAUCUAAGUAGGUGGAGAUCUUGCUUGUUAUCUCGUCCUCGAUUACCAGAAGAUGAAACGAUGCGCUCACAUCUUGGCGAAACACUGAAUGCAACCAACGCUGCUCUUGGACGAUUUGUUCAGUCCAUUUCAUCUAGUGACUCUGAUGAAAUCGUCGAACAGCUUCUUACCUUUUGCUUGGAUUUUGAAGCUGGACUUAUUUAUUCAACGAAGAAAUUGUCUGCAGUUAGCAGGUGCAUACUUCCCGCUGAAAACAUAACUUCCAUUGUGAACUUUGCGGUAAUGUCGAAUUCACUUUCUGAACACUUAUGGGUGCUCGUGCUGCGCAUCCUGGAUCUCAUAAUCAAAAAUGAUUCCACGGCCUCAGCACUUCUGAUUGAAUCACCCCACUUCUGCAAAUUAAUUAAUAAUUUCUUGGUGAAAAGUAUUUCAAGAGUUAAUUAUUCCUUAACGACGGGUCCCUCAACGAUAUGUGCCUUCAAAAGUUUUAUUACACGACUUCAUGAUUCACAUGAUAUCUCUCUUCGUGGUAUUCUUUGUGUCAAAAUUCUCACUGUCCUCAAGGAUAUUUCUUCACAGCAGAAUGAUUUGAUUAAUUUCUCGUAUCCAAUCGACUGCUUAGUUGAAUUAUUAAAUAUUAUGACAAAUUAUGCAUCAGACUAUGUCAAUGUGGCACCACAGGAACUUGCUGGAUAUAUAUCGUCAUCGAUUCAUACAACACGAAACUUCAUCCAUUAUUACAAGUCUUCGGGAGGUUACUCACUAGUCUCUGCUGAUUCAUAUCUUCGACCAAACACAUGCUUUCAAUCUACUCAAAAGAUACCGAUCAAUGUGCAGUAUGCGUGCGAAAAUAUCGAUCUGCCUCACUAUCCAUAUAUGCCAGAACUCUGGGGACAGUACCGUCCGCAUUAUUCACAGCUAUCUGAUCACUUUGUCGAUCCAAAACAAUCACCCGCAGCACGCAGUGAUCCACUGAACCGUCUUUCAUCGCUUCCUCGCUGGCAAAAUCAGUCAAAUAUGUUUCGUCAGGUAAUGCUAAGUCAGGUCGCGUGUUAUUUGGACCGUUCAACCGAAGUAUCCGAUCAUUUAUUGAGCAGUUUCCCAACUGCAGUCGAAGAACUGUUUGAAAUUGUAGCAGCAUGCGAAAGUGCACUUCCGGAUAUAAAUUUAAUUUCUUUGGAUGAUUGGAAUCAUGUAACUUUGGGAGACCAUGCGCUGUCCAUGUUAUUGCAAAUUUCACAACGAGUAUCGCGUGAGACAAAGCGUUUAUUCGAAAUAGCUGUACAAGUAAUAAAACGUUGUGCCAAUUCAUCUAGUUACUCACUUUCAAAGCCGCUUGCGUUUGCAUUUGUACAAAUGCUAGGCCUCAAGCAUAACCAGAUUUACUUUGCUAAACUUGGAGGACAUCUAAUUGUGGCACGUGAAUUGGAACGUUCUAUAUUGGCUUCAGCAAAUGAAUGGGCGGCUCCAAUUUCUGCACCUCUUAUGCGACAACUCGCUUCACUGUCUGCCCAGGUGGCUGGUAGCAGUGAUUACGGGUGUCAAGUAUCGAACUUACAGACCGAUAUACGAGAUGAUGGAUUAUACAAUUAUGCACCAUUCUGUACGAUAAGUUCGGAGCAGGCGCCAAAUGUUUGUGGACAGUUAUUAUCCUUGAUUGCAGUUGCUGCACCGCGUCGUACUCGAUCCGCUAAUUGGAGCUAUCAUUUUAAUGAGGGUGGCGGAGAUUGGUUCGAUAUUACCCUCAAUCUUCCAUACCACAUAGUUCUGCACGAAGUACAGAUCCGACCCCAUCUUCCUGCCUUAAGCACAGCUCCAGCAGCCGUUCAAGUUGAACUAUGUUCGGAGACAUCCCUUACUCAAUGGUGCAAUCUUGGCGCACCACUUAGCACUACUGGAUUCAGCAAGAUUCGCAUUUCAACAUACUCAUACAAACUUCCUGUCAUUGCUGUGCGUCUUUAUUUCAAGAAACCACCAGAUUCUACAAACUUAUCCCUGUCGCAAAUACUGCUUUUGGGAAUGAACUUCACUAAUUCGUUAUCAUAUACAUGUCCAAAAAAUACUGAUUUUGUACAGUGGCUCUUCAUUAUGGUACAACUGUGUCAUCUUGAGAAAUAUUGCGUUUGGCAAUAUGCUCCGGAACUUCCACGUGCCGUCGUUGCGCUGUUUUUGGGUCGACCGCUAUCCAGUCUAGUUUACCAUCGCAUUUCGGAACUCUUUUGUCAGAUCGAUCAUGAACGUGCAAAGCCGUAUUCGAUUGUUGAAUUGAUUUUUCAAUAUAUAGAGCAAGGCAAUACUGUUACCAACGAAUCGUUAGAAUGGCUCCCGAAUUUACUUUUUACUUUAUGUGCACAAAAGGAGCAUCAAAUUUGUGUCAUAAAGCAAUGCCAAGUGCUUCUUGGUGUUACUACCAUAAUUACUUCACAGAAUUAUAAGAAGCCACUUCGGGAUGUUGCUGCUGUUUUAAUUUGGACUGCCUCUUGUAUUAUAUGGCAUAAUAUCAAUGUGGAAGAGCGACGUUUCGAUACGUUAGCACUUUGCAUGGAUCUGUCCCCACAGCUUCUUCCAUUUCUGUGUGAAUUAGCAGUGGAUGUAAGUGAACAGUGUAAUGAUACAUUAGCAAAAUCGGCGUCUUGGCUAUUGUGUUCGUUGAUGCGUGGUGCACCACAUCUUCUACGUAAUGUAUUGAAAGAGAUCGGAUUAUUAGAUAUGAACGAUAAGCCGAAAAGGGAAGGUGUCACUCAUAAUGCAUUUACCGUUGUGCAACGAAUGUGCCAGUCAAGGACAAGCAUAUUACAGCUUCAUUCAUUCGGUCUUCUACAACACUGGGUUGAAUUGAUUAUUACUUAUUGCGAAGAAACAAACAUGGAACACAUCUCACUGCUAGUUAGUAUAGUUCGAUGCUUGGCAUCGCUAUGUUGCAUCGAGGAUGUUGUCAAAUUCCUGGAUUUCGUGGGUGGCUCGAGUCUUUUUAACUCUCUUAUAAAAUGUGUCGUUCGAUGUGCAAUUUCGCGUAAAGAUAUGACUCGUUCAUUUGGUAAACAAAGCAUCAAAUUAGAAGACGUCACUGUCAGUUUGCUUUCACAAUGUCUCGCUGUUGGUGGCUCACAUCGUCAACGCAUAGCUUACGUUUUAUGUUCUUUGUUAAAAAACGCCGGUAGUUUCAAUGGUGCAAUUCAACAAAUGGUACUAAAAUGUAUUUUCGACGAUGAGAUGAUUCCUGUAAAAGCAGUCGAUGAAGACACUUCAAUUUGUUUCCUGUCGUUUGAUAUUCCAAAUCGUAUUUUACAUCCAUUCUUUGGCUGUACACGAAGGGAACGUUUCUUAAAAGUAUCUUUAUAUACUUCCAUGGACGAGAUUUCUGCUCUCUGUGAACAUAAAAAUACAAGCGACUUCCGACAGUUAGCAAAAAUUGCUGCGCCUAUGGAUGAAUCGCAACACUACUCAUCUACUGUUAAUAGGCAAGACCUGACGACAGCUUUUCCUUCUUUCACUUCUUCUGGUCUAACGGUUCGAAGUUGUAACGGUUUAGCCGAAAUGAUGGGUGAAUGGAAGAUUGGACAAUUGGUGGGAGAUUUAUUUGCUUCCGGACGUUUAACUUCUUCGGCCUGGAAGCAAAAAAUAACCGGUGGAGAUAUAGCAAAAAUAGCAGUUGAAGAUAGUGCUGAUGGCUAUUACACCGUUGCUCUUUCGUUUGUUCAGCGUUCAGGUUUGACCGGAGGUGCUAGUGCCAUGCCAUGUCAAAAGCCAGAUAUAACGCUUACGGAACAGACAUCAACCUUGCAGUAUUUUGCGCGUUCAAGUGGUCUCGCACUUUUAGCGCUGCAUUUGCAAGUGCAUCAUCCAUCAUUUAGUGUUCCUACCGUCACCCCUUCCUUCAGGGACUCAAAAAGAAAAUCAGCUGAGCAACGAUGGCUGAUAGAUUCAUCAGAAACGAUAGCUAUGAACGAAAUGUUGCCAUCGAGUUAUGCCUGCCCAACAUCAAUUUUCUCCUCGCCUGACCUAUCAGCCGGAGAACCAGUUUACAGUACCUUGUAUGUACCUGUUUUUGGUGGUGAGACCGAUUUGGGUCCUGGCUAUGAAGACUUCGAAUACAUCGAUUCGACCGCUCCUGGAGAAGUGAAAGGAUGGACAUAUUACCCCUUAUUCUCUCAAACAGAUAAUUCGGGAAGUCAUGCUGCACCCAAAAAACUACAGAAGAUUGCUUCACAGCCAUCGAAUCAAUCGACGUCAAUAGGUUUAUCGCCUCAUGUGGUCGUCGCUUUCAGCAUAUUCCUAAAACUGGAAGGUUAUGCUGAACUAUUGGUAACGUACGAUCGAAAACGCGCUAAAGGCCUUCUGAGGCUUGCAAUGGGCGUCAUCACUACUGAAACAUCUCUUGUGAGCAAACAGCAAGUGGUGAAACCAGGUAUAUUUCACAAAGCCACCCAAUCGCACUUCCAAUCAAAGCAGAAGUCGGAAUACGAAAAUCUUGGUUCAUUGCCUUUUGUGGUUCUAGAAGAAUUAUUCAACAAAUAUUUGCCCUAUUCAUCUUCUGGAAAGUCCUUACGGGAAGCUGCUGUGAUUAGUGGCGUUUUGGACGUUUUGUUGGAUUGUUUGGCUCAUUAUACCCAUCAAAAGCAUAGGGAAAGGUCCAUUCGACCGUCAUCCCUUCCGCCAGCUCCUGAGACGGCUGUUUUGGUCGAACACUUGUUGCGGAGCUCGGUGGAACCGGAACAAUCGUCGAGUGAAAAAGCCAACUUUGGCUUGCCACCAGAAGAAAGUUUGAAUAACUCUGGAAGUGCUGGACCAGCAUUAAGCUCUACUUCGAAUGUUACUCAGCAACACAGUUUUUGGGCCAAAGGUACUGGUUUUGGCAGUGGAACUACGCAACAACAGUGGAAUGUUGAUUUACAUGUCCUGAAGCGAAAACAGGACGAACAGAAUGUUACCUAUCUGUUGAGGGUACUUGCAAGCUUUAUAUAUCCCAAAAUUAAUGACCAUUUGAAAGCGGAGAAGAAUUGGGCAACUGACAUCAGUGAAGGUAAUGCAGCAGCUUCAUUAGCAUUUUCGGAUUCAGAAGAUACUGAAGCGCAUAGCAAAAGUCGAUGUAUAUCACCAAUGCUUGUGGCAGAUCCGUCGAUGCCAGGAUCUUCAUCGGGACAUGAAUCACUUUCUUCAGUCAUUUCAUCAGCUUCUGUGAAAUGGUCCUUGAGCUCAGCUGUAGUUAAAAUGUUAUCUCGUUCCUGUUUAUUGCCAGCUAUUUGGGCAUAUCUUAGGAAUGAUUCCGUCUUGGACAUAUCUCAGCAUGUGGAAUUGUAUGAAGCAGUUAUGCACAUGGUAGCUGCACUGGCAUUGUCUCCAAAGUCAACAGGUGAAAGAAGGGAAGAGGUGGAUGAGAUUACUGCAUUGCUGUCAGAACCGGAAUCAGGUUGCUCAAUGCAUGCAAUGCUAAAGAAGCUGUUGGACUGUGUUUCUGCAUAUCUUACUAGGCUCGCUGUUGAAUCUAACGAAACCAGAUUACAAAAUCUAAAUAUCCAGCAAACUGUGGAAAGUAAUGAAGAAUCAACACAAAAUCGCGAAGAAGGUCUCAUGCGACUUGCACCACUGAUCACCACAGUUUGUAUGAUUCUUUCGAAGCGAGUAAAAGAGUUACCUGUGAAAUCACAAAAUAACGAGAAGAAUGCGGUUACUGAAGAAGAAAAAUAUGUAAAAGUUAUGAAGGCUUCGCAGUUUGAGACAAUAUCGUUCUUUGCUGAGGGUUCAUUCAUUCCAUAUCAUUAUGAAAGUUCACUUUCCUCUGUUGGCACCAGUAGUUCUAUGGGAAAACGUACUAGACGUUUGGCGCAAGAAAUUGUCACGCUGAGUAAUUCAUUGCCACUGAGUUCAAGUAGUUCUGUUUUUGUCCGCGCUUGUGAAGAACGACUGGAUGUGUUGAUUACGGGUCCAGCAGAAACUCCAUAUAUGAAUGGAUGCUUUGAAUUUGAUGUUUGGUUUCCAACCGACUAUCCAAAUUCACCUAUGCAUGUAAAUCUUGAAACGACUGGCAAUCAUACUGUUCGAUUCAAUCCUAACUUGUACAAUGAUGGAAAAGUAUGUUUGUCGGUAUUGAACACAUGGCAUGGCCGACCUGAGGAACGGUGGAAUCCGGAAACCAGUAGUUUAUUACAGGUGAUUGUUAGUGUGCAAUCUUUAAUCUUAGUAGCGGAACCGUAUUUUAACGAACCAGGAUACGAACGAUCAAAAUGUACUCAGGCGGGACAACAGGCGUCGCGAGAAUAUGAUGCUAAUAUUCGGCAAGCAAUGGUGAAGUGGGCGAUGCUUGAAAUGAUACGGCAUCCUCCGCCAGCUUUUGCAGAUAUCGUAAAGAAGCAUUUUUGGUUGAAACGAAAGGAAAUAUUGUCACAGGUAUCGAAAUGGAUUGCUGAGAUGGAACAACUAGUGAAGCAACAACGUGGAAGUGGGCGGAGCAUCCAUGGUCAUCUCGCUUCUUUAAAGAGGCAUGCCGCUGCACUGGAGGAUGAAUAUCGACGGAUGGAGUGUCCUGCAGACCUCAAAAGUACGAGUGCAUCAUUCAUCCAGCAAGCAAGUCUAAUGAUAAAUGAGCAACAAUCACAAAGUUCGGAUGGUUCGGGACAGAUACCUCAUGACAGUUUGAAGAGCCUCUCAGUGAUGAAGAUCCUCAAAUUAUAA